CUUUUCUCCAGACCAGUCCCAAGGACCAAGCCUUUCCUGGUGGGGAUUUGAGGGAAAGGGCCCAAAGGUCAGUUUGCCACAUCCCCACCAAUCUGAUCUCUUCACCUGUGCUGCCCUACUCUUGAUUUCUGGCCAUCUGCGGUCCCUCCCUAGAGACCUCCGAAAGCGUUCUGUUUGGGGAGAUUGCCAAGCCCCCAACUCUGGGAAAAGUACAUGAAUCAUUUCAUCUCCGGAGCUAUCCGACAUCCGACUCUUGUUCAAAAUUCCCUCUGGUGUUCCCUACUCAUAUCCUCUUCUAUUGUGAAGAGAAAUUGAAACUGCCCUGGAACUUAGGUUUGGGAGGUUUUGGAGGCGGGCGGGAAUUGGUUGCUGCAGAGGCCUGGGGCUCCAAGGCUAAUGGGCUAAAGAGGAAGAACGUGGAGCAGGCACCCAAGGCCCUCGCUGUGAAGAGUAGACCCAGACGGACAAUCGGGUGGACCGAGUCGUAGGAUCUGAGCAGAACUUGGGACCCCACUUAGAUCUGGAGAGAGGGAGGAACUGCCAAUGGGCUGGACCCGCCCCGCACGGGCAGCCAAUGGGCGUUCGGGGGCGUGUCCUCCGAGGAGAUCGUGGGUGAGUGUUCAAUCCAGCCGCGAUGUUUCCACCGACCUGGAGGCUCCGAGAUGACCGCCGUGAGCAGAGGCGAGGCUGCGGAGUCCUGCAGCAACCAACAGAUGCAUGGAAAGAUGGCUUCUCUGAAGAGCACAGAGAAACCAGGCAGGGUCCAGACACCCCCAGACUCCAGUCUGCGCUGGCCACGAGCCUUGAAGGGUGAAGACAUAAAGAAGUGCAGCCAAGGAGGGACACUACUGACUAAAUACAACCAGCAAUACCACAAACUGUUUAAGGACAUCCCCUUGGAGGAGGUGGUUCUCAAAGUGUGCUCCUGCGCCCUCCAGCGGGACCUUCUUCUCCAGGGCCGGCUCUACAUCUCCCCCAACUGGCUCUGCUUCCACGCUAGCCUCUUUGGCAAGGAUAUCAAGGUGGUCAUUCCCGUGGUGUCUGUGCAAAUGAUCAAAAAACACAAGAUGGCACGGCUCCUUCCCAAUGGCCUGGCCAUCACCACCAACACCAGCCAGAAGUAUGUCUUUGUGUCCCUGCUCUCCCGGGACAGUGUGUACGACAUGCUAAGGAGGGUCUGCACCCACCUACAGCCUUCCAGCAAGAAGAGUCUGAGUGUAAGAGAAUUUCCAGAGGAACCUGAGUGCGAGUCUCUGGAAGUCCUCAUCCCCGAGAUGAAGUGGAGAAAAGUGUGCCCUGCCUCCAGGUCCCUGUCCCUCCCAGACAACAUCCCUUGUAUCCCUCGGGCAUCCGUGGACUCUGCAGACGGCCUCUUCCCCUCCAGGAAGCCUCCAGGGUCUGAGAAUGCUGUCUGUGAGGAUAAGCUGGAGGAGGAAGCCAGGAGCGACAGGGAGCUGAGGCUCUGGGAUUACCGGCUCCUGAAGAUCUUCUUCGUGCUGAUCUGCUUCUUGGUCAUGUCUUCCUCCUACCUGGCAUUUCGCAUCUCCCAGCUGGAACAGCAGUUAUGCUCCUUGACUUGGGAUGGCUCGGUCCCUGGGCACAGGCCCUUUGUCUGACCUGGCUACCUCUCCUGUGCGCAGGUAACAGCCACCUGACCUUUGUCCCCACUCCUCUAAGAAGACAACUCCAGGUGCUGAGGUGCCACCAACGAUUCCCUUGGUUUAUGCUGCUGCUGUGCUGAGACUUAGUCUGAAGGAAAUUAUUCUGGAUCCCCUCCCCGCACCCUCCCCCUGACCCCUGCAACUCUUGCCCCUCCUUUAAUGAGUAUUCUGAAGUACAUGUUUACAAAGCUCCUACAAUUUUGGGACUUAGACAAGAAGUCAGACUUUUGGAACUAGCUGAGGAAUUCUAUAUUCUAAGCUUCAGCAAACACUUGAGUG